CUCCCGGUGACUUCUUCCUGUUGUGCGGCGCGCUACCGACUCCUUAACAUUCCGAAUAACGCUCACGUGUUUUCUGUAUAUAAAAGGGGUCCCAGUCUGCGCUCAUCAUGUCUAGCGGUUCACCAGACAAACGCAGAAAGAUGGAGUCGGCCCUCAACCAGCUGAAGAAGCUCACCGUGGUGGUGGCGGACACGGGAGACUUUAACGCCAUUGAUGAGUAUAAACCUCAGGAUGCAACGACUAACCCAUCUCUGAUCCUGGCUGCUGCUAAGAUGCCAGCCUACCAGCACCUUGUGGAUCAGGCCAUUAAAUAUGGUAUUGCCAAUGGAGGAACUGAAGAGGAGCAGGUAGCCAAUACCAUGGACAAGCUGUUUGUGAGUUUCGGACUGGAGAUCCUGAAAAAGGUCCCAGGCAGAGUCUCUACGGAGGUUGAUGCCAGAUUGUCUUUUGAUAAAGGAGAAAUGGUGACAAAAGCUUUGAAGCUCAUUGCUCUUUAUGAAGAGGCAGGCAUCAGCAAGGAGCGUGUUCUCAUCAAGCUGUCCUCCACAUGGGAGGGAAUCCAGGCUGGGAAGGAGCUUGAGGAGAAGCAUGGCGUCCACUGCAACAUGACGCUGCUGUUCUCCUUUGCUCAGGCUGUUGCCUGUGCAGAGGCAAAGGUGACUCUCAUCUCACCCUUUGUUGGACGCAUUCUCGACUGGCAUAAGGAGAACACAGACCGCAAAAGCUUCGAGCCACAUGAAGACCCAGGUGUGAUCAGUGUGACCAACAUUUACAACUACUACAAGAAGUUUGGCUACAGCACUGUGGUGAUGGGGGCUUCAUUCAGAAACACAGGGGAAGUGAAGGCGCUGGCUGGUUGUGACCUGCUCACCAUCUCCCCUGGACUGCUGGCAGAACUCAGCCAGGAUCACAGUGCUGUCAUUGCAAUGCUCACUGUGGAGAAAUCUAAGGCAUGUGAUCUGAAAAAGAUCCACCUGGAUGAGAAAACUUUCCGCUGGCAGCACAACGAGGACCGCAUGGCUGUGGAGAAACUGUCUGAUGGCAUCCGCAAGUUUGCAGCUGACGCCAUCAAGCUGGAGGCUAUGAUCAAAGAGAAAAUGAUCAGUGUGAAAAACGGCCAGUAAUGGAAGAAUCUGGAGUGUCCAGCUGCAGUCGAUGAGGUACAGGAUCCAGAGCGGAUCCCCUCUUUGUCCAGAUGCCCAGGAGAAGUUCCAAGUGCCAGAGGAGCCUCCUCUACCCUCUGCUCAAACUCCAGGGACCAAUCUCCUUGAACGCCUCUCCUCUCUGAGGGUGGGAGCGCUUUCUGACCAAAUAUAGAUAAUUCCUUCAAUGGGCGUUGGAUGUAAUAAAAUGGCUUAAUAUUCAUCCGAAAUUUGCCCUGAAAGGUGAUUUUUUUUCUUUUCUUUUUUUUUAAUUUAAGACACAAAUGUCUUAGACUUGGAUCAUUUCAUUACUUGAAGGGACAGCAUAAACUUUUCAACAGUGUAAGAGCAAAAUGUUUUUUAUCAACUCUGAUAUUUGUUCUAAACAAUGUAUGAAAGGUAAUUGUAUCAUUAUUUCUGCAAAGAAUAGUAAAGUUCACUCUUGAUCAAAA